CGCUUCCACCAUGGAACCUUAUCACUACAAGUCAUUCCCAUACUGCAUGAAUCAUACCAUGACUGUCCAGUCACACAAUCCUCCGCCCCCACUACCCAAAAGUGAGCUCCAUCGACGCACUCUGCCUACAUACGAUGUUGAGUUGCCGUCUCCCACCGAAUUAUGUCUCCAGAACCCACCCCUGUCAGGCUCCGACGGUAGCGACUUCAUCUCCAUCAAGUUGCUUGGGACACUCCAAGUUGGCGAACACAAGCGAUCCCAGAUCUAUAUCGUCCGAUGUGUGGACAGCUCCACGUCUUCGGGUCCCCCCAGGGAUCAGGACCUGGUCGCCAAAUUCUACGACCCCUGGUUUCAAGACCUGAGGGAUGAUGACCAUUUCUCGGGAGCCGAUUGUGAUUAUACGCACGAGUGCGCCGCAUACCUGCGUCUCUCCGACCUCCAGGGCACCGUGCUUCCCAAGUUCUUCGGAUCCUACACCCUGCGAAUCCAGGUUGGGGAACAAUGUCGUCUGGUUCGACUCAUCUUGCUCGAGCACAUCGACGGUCCAUCCAUGGAUAAACUGCAGCCCGAGACCUUCACCACCGAAGAGCGGCAGGAGAUUGUCCAACAAAUUGUGGAUGGGGAGUGCGCGAUCUAUGACAACAUGGUUCGCCACGAAGACAUGCACCCACGGAAUAUGGUACUCACCCGAAGCGGCUCCGGAAGAUUGCGAGUUGUGGUCAUCGAUCUGGGAAAGUCCACUCUCGGACGAUCCAGAAACCCUGCCAUUCCCGAGCUGGAGAAGGAAUAUUUUCCGGGCGUGGCGAUCAGCCCUCUUCUCAGAUGGAACAUCCAUUACCGUUAUCCGGAUCAGUAUGCAGAAUGGAUUGACUGGCCAUGGCAACCCUGGCUUGAGGCUCAGUACAAGCACACAGAGGACACAAUCACCGACGCCCAACGAGAGAAGUGGCCAGUCUAUGACUGGCUGCGGAAGGAUGAUAAGGAUGAUAAUGAGGAUGAUUCUGAGGAUACUUCUUCUCCUGAAUGAUGGAAGUCGUCGUGGACACCGAUGAUACGGAUGGCCUUACUAUUUAGACCCAGUCCCUG